GUGCGACACAAGGAAGUGUUCUUCCGGUGCUCGUCCUUCACUCUGCCCAGCGCUGUAAACACGUUAUAAAAUACUCUUAUUUCAGCUUUGAUCGUUCCACAUUUUGGAGAUAUUUUGGAAGGAUUCAUGGAGUGACAGGAGCAAACAGAAGCGACCGCUGAAACGAAGAAUUCCGCUAGGAGGUUUCUAAGACUCAUCCCUCCUAGAGUCAAGCAGCCAUGACGGCUCCAAACUCGUCUGAAAGAAAGGCCUGCUGGGAAGCCAGGGACGCUCUCUGGAAAUGCUUAGAUGACAACGAUGACAAGGUUGCAUCCUGCCAGAGGUUCCAGAGUGAGUUCGAGUCGAAAUGCCCCGCUCAAUGGGUGAAAUAUUUCACCAAGAGGAGAGACUUCCUAAAGUACAAGGAAAAGAUACAGACAGAUGGGUUCUCGCCUGCAGAAGGCUCCCAGCAGACAUCCUAACCGUCGCCCACCAGGAGAAGAUGGAAAGCAGCGGACUGACCGGCCUUUCACCAAACCUGGGGCAGAGCUGGAAGCGGGAGCUUCUCUGCUGUGUCGUGGACAGAGAACAUGUGCUCCACCUUUAUUGUUAUUUAUUUGUGCAGACAAACACUGCGAAACGAAAUCCAAACAGCAGCGCAAAGGACCUGUUUGAAAAUGUUCUCCUCCUACGUCCUCAGACAUAUUGUGAAGUGGCGUCAUCUCAUGUUAUCCAACUCGGCUGCUCUCCUAAGUAUCCAGCCUUAAUCAGUCAGUGAUGGUAACAUGUAACGUCAUCGUAGAUUGUUGAAAUUGUUACUGUAGGUAGAUGUUGCUCAUCCCAACACUGUCCAUUCAUUUUCUGUGAUUGUUCAUCGAAACUUCUUGACUUGUCUAUUAGUGAAACCUCAUCAUGUUCUCAGGUUUGGGUCAUGAUUUUGCUAUUUACAAAUAUACAUUGAUCUUUACUGAUCCAGCCUCUAACUCCAGGACGGAGCCUCACUUCGCUAGUGUGACCGACUCGUGUGGUGUGGGAAUGAAUAAAAUCAGCCGAGAGGUUUUAGUUGUUUUUAUUGUGUAAUAUUGUAUCAUCUUAACUCUAGUUCAUAGCUGAAUGUAAACGCAUUACCACAUUACUCAUAAUUUAUGAAUGUUACAGCUCAUUGGAAACAGGCAAAGGCACAUUAUUAUAUUUAUAUUACAAAUCUGUCUGUAUUUACAGAAGAGUGUGGCCCCCGGGUCAAAGGUCACCGCUGCAACACCAUUGAGAUGUAUGAAAUCCUCAGUAGAAGUGAAUAAAUUACAAACAUUACAGCUUCUGAUUCAGGCUACACAAAGGUACAUACCUAUACUGUAGUGAUAUAUCUAUAUAUAUAUAUA